AUUUUUCUUCAGUUGCGUUGAGAUUGUGUCCAAGUGUAGAGAGGUUUUUAUUUUUUAUAAAAUAAAACAAAAAAAAGUUAACAAUGAUUAAAAAGAAUAGUAAACAAUCGACUGCAUUAAAAAUUAAAUUUGUUAGAGAAGUUAAAAAACAUCCAAUUAUUUGGUUUCCAACAAUUAAAAAUGGAAAUUAUGUACAAAACAAAGAGGCUGAAGAUGUUUGGAAAAAAGUUCAGAAAACACUCGAAGAGAAUUUUAAUUUCCCAAAAGAUUAUAAAUAUAGGAAAAUUUGGCAAAGAAUACGAAAAUACUAUUUGGAAGUUUUAGAGGAGAGAGCAAUAAAAAAUAUCACAUCUUUUCCCACAUGGGAAUUGUUUCAUGAGUUAACUUACCUUUAUGAGACUACACUAAGAAAUAUCGUGUGGAGAACGAAUAAAACUGUUCCUAAAUUGGUUCCCAAUCCAAAAGAUGCAAAUCGAUUAUUACAACAACCAUGCCCGUGUUGUUUGCCGUUGUAUAGUGAAGAAAAUGAAAAUGAAAGCAAAAAACGAAAAAUGGAUGAUAAUGAAAACAAAAAAAUAAAUGACGAAGUGAUAGAAAUAGAAGAAAAUGAUGUAUCGGCUUCAACAAGCAAUGUUCCAAUUCCAAUUAUUCCAGUUCCAGUGGUUGGUGUUGGUUGUGUGUCGAUGCGCGCUGUCGGGGUUGAUGUUAAAGAUGAUUUAAAAGUUGAAGACUUGGACAAACUCCAAGAUUACGAUCGUGAAGUGUUGUUUUUUUCAGAUUCAGAAGUUGUUUGUAUUGAAGACGAUGUCGAUGAUUAGAAUUUAAGAUUUUUAUACCUAUUUAAUGUAAGAAUGUUUUUUUUUUAUUAAAUUGAAGUUUUAUAAAAAAGAAAGAUAAAAUAGAGGUUUUUAUUAAAAAUAAUUGAAGUUUUUUAU